AUGUAUGGUUUGCAUAAGGUUGGUGGCCUUAACAGAAUCAGCAAGGUUCCAGCUGAGGGACAUAAUAAUUCUUUUGCUUAUGUGAUGUCAGAAUGGGCUAAGCAACAAGGUGAGAAACAGGGAUGCCGAGUUUCAAUUCCGACGAUGCAUGAAGGGAACACAGUUGACGGUUUUCAUGUUUCUGACUUCGGAGCAUUUGGUCAGCCGUAUCGCCUAGAGGAUGUCGUUGCUCUCAGUGGAAAUUCAAACUCGAUUUUUAACUCUCUAAAAGUAAGUGGCCAAACAAUUUCUCCUGACCCUGUUCACUUCAAUACGGUUGGAAAAGUUUCCGGGUUCAAUUUUGAUAAAAGCUGGCCUGAAAAUAAUGUUCCAGCAGUGCCCAAGUUUAGUAAUUCUCGUGAUUCUCUGUCUUCUCCUGCUAUUAAAACACCAUCGGUUUCUUCAGCAUCAUUAUCUGUCUCCCAAUAUGGAAACACACUUAGAGCUAACUCUCACUUUGGCUCUUCUGCAUAUGGAUCUAGAAUAGGCUCUUACGAUUACAAGUUUAGAGCCGCAGGUAAUGGCUAUGUUGCUAAUGACUCCAGAAGAAAUGUGGAUGGUUUCAGUGAGCUAAAUAAGGGACCAAGAGCUGCCAAGAUUUAUGAUAAUAAAGGCGCGAAAAGUCUUGGAUCUGUCACAUUAUUACUCAAAGGACAGAACCUUCCAGUGAAGAGUGAUAACAAAGAAGUUUUCUCUGGCUCAACUUGUAAACAAGGUGAAAUUGAAGCUGUUGUCAUUGCAACUAGUGUCCACACAUUUUUCGAUAAAGCAGCUCACCUUAUGGACAAUACAAGCCAAGUUGGACAUUUCCAGAAGGUGCUUACCGCAAUUGGAAACUUCUGUAUCUGUUCCAUUGCAGUUGGUAUGUUGGCUGAGAUCAUAGUCAUGUACCCAAUUCAGCACCGCAAGUACAGAGACGGAAUUGACAACCUUUUGGUCCUUUUGAUCGGAGGAAUUCCUAUUGCUACGCCCGCUGUGUUGUCUGUAACUAUGGCCAUUGGUUCACACAGGCUCUCUCAGCAAGGAUCUAUUACCAAGCGAAUGACUGUGUAA